GGGGAGCCCUCGGUCCUCUGUAAGGCGGACCAGUUAUAGUGGGUUAGCGACGUGUCGCUGCUGAUUGUUACUGGAUAUGGCGUAUUUUGGUCAAGGCGGACCGCCCGGGACCCCCAGACAGAACUGACAGAGUUGCGCCGCCACAGAAUAGAGAUUGACCUGCCAAGCACCACUCACAAUCAACUCUGCCCGGGUGAAGGUCAUUUCCCGGUGGAGACGAGUCGUCCAGAGUUUUGUAAAAGCCUCCCCCACGCUAGAGCUUGAGCAUGAUUUCAGUGCUUCCUCCACAAUCAACGGUCCCCUUCAAACCAUCUUCGGUCCACCACUGAAUCUCUCUUCCUCUUUCUUCUGUUUUGUUUUCAUUCAACCUCUUUCUGUGGCUCAGUGCCGUGCCAGGUUUUCUGGAUCAACGGCUGCUUCGCGCUUACAAACUUGUAACACAGACUUCCAUUGAUGGACGACAUCACGAGUGUUCCUGAUUCACGCUAUGGCGGCUCUGGCGAAGGGUCCAACUCUAACCCCAACUUUGACGCUGGUAGUCACGACCAGUCGAAGAUUGAUAACACGAUGAAUCCUCAACCCGAACCUCACGACGUCGACCCGCCCUUCGAUUUGCACGACGACGAACAUGUCCAGGGCAACAACUUUGCUUUUACCCCGUCUCAGCUACAUCGACUCCUGACCGCCAAGAAUAUCUCCGCUCUGCGCGCGUUUGGAGGCUUGUUGGGUUUAGCCGCUGGUCUUCGAACCGAUAUCUCGGCAGGACUAAGCGCCGACGAAACAACAUUGGACGGUACCGUCACUUUGGAUGAAGCUGUAGCCUCUGGUAGCCUUGAACGACCGCCAGUUCUCUCUGCAGCAUCCCCUCCACCGUCGCCGCCGCUCCUCCAUAACGGGUUGUUCGAACAUCGCGAUAACCACUUUGUCGAUCGAAAACGAGUAUUUGGGGAUAACCGCCUUCCCCAAAUAGCACAAAAAUCUUUCUUCAGACUAUUAUGGAUAGCAUUCAAUGAUAAGCUCAUCAUUUUGUUAACCAUUUCUGCAUCCAUCUCACUCGCUAUUGGUAUCUACCAGUCUGUCGACAAGUCGAUAGGCGCAUCGCGUGUCGAGUGGGUAGAUGGUGUGACAAUCGUCGUUGCGAUCCUCGUCAUCAUCAUCGCAAGCGCAGCGACCGAUUGGCAGAAGAAUUACAAGUUUAAGAAGGUCAAUGAACGAAAGCAACAAAGGGACGUAACAGUGAUGCGCUCGGGGAAACUCCAGCGCAUCCCCGUUCAAGAUGUCGUCGUUGGUGAUCUUUUACACCUCGAGGCUGGAGAUGUUGUUGCCGUGGACGGUGUUCUUGUGCAAGCUUCGAGUCUGCAGAUGAACGAGUCUUCCAUCUCUGGAGAGGCUGAUCUUGUACACAAGACCGUACCGAGACCAAACCAUUCAGCUACAUCCCGAAUUGACCCCUUCAUUCUCAGUGGAACCACUGUCGCGCGCGGUGUUGGUUACUAUCUCGUUACUGCUGUUGGUGUCAACUCGACUUAUGGCCGUAUCCUCAUGUCGUUGAGAGACGACGUCAAGGAGACACCACUCCAGGCGAAGCUUGGCCGUCUUGGCAAGCAACUUAUUGUUAUCGGUGCCAUUGCAGGUUCCAUCUUUUUUCUUGUGCUCUUCAUCCGCUUCAUGGUCACUCUCCACACCGUUACUGGUGGGCCUUCUCAGAAGGCAGAAGACUUUUUACAUAUUCUGAUUCUGGCCGUCACGGUCGUCGUCAUCACUGUUCCAGAAGGCCUGGCGCUCAAUGUGACCGUUGCACUGGCCUUUGCCACGAAGCGUAUGCUCCGAGAUAACAACUUGGUGCGAUUGAUUCGAUCGUGUGAGAUUAUGGGAAACGCGACAACAGUUUGCUCCGACAAAACUGGUACCCUGACACAGAACAAGAUGACUGUCGUGGCUGGACGUGUUGGCUUGGAGUCUUACUUUGACGACACCGACCUGGUUGUUCCGGAUCCCGACUCGUCCAUGUCGCGUGCCUCGACUAUCAAGUACGACAGUUCAAUAGACAUGGCAAAGUCACUCUCUCCAGAAUGUCGGAGGUUGAUCAAGGACAGCAUCGCUCUCAACUCCACGGCCUUUGAGAAUGAUGACUCGGGCACCACUACUUUUAUGGGCUCAAGCACUGAGACUGCUCUGCUGCACUUCAGUCGUCAACAUCUCGGUAUGAACAACUUGGCCGAAGAGAGGGCCAACUGUCCCAUUGUUGCGAUCCUUCCGUUCGACUCUUCCCGAAAAUGGAUGGCAGUUUUGGUCAAGAUUAAUGAGGAUCGCUACCGACUUCUCGUCAAGGGAGCAGCGGAAGUUGUGUUUGAAUACUGUGCUUUUGUUGUUUUGGACCCAACAUUCAGAGUACCAAUUGCACGACUCUCGGAGAAUGACCGUGCAAGCUAUCGUAACACAAUUGAAGACUACGCCAACAGGAUGCUUCGACCUGUCGCCAUUGCAUACCGAGACUUUAGCGCGCAGGAUGUCUUUGAUGGCCCAGACGACGACCCCGAUAACAUUAACCUAGAAUGGUUGGCCUCUGGCAUGAUCUUCAUCGGUGCCUUUGGCAUUCGUGACCCAUUGCGGCCUGAAGUUGUGGAAUCAGUCCGCCAAUGCCAGGCUGCUGGAGUGUUCGUUCGCAUGGUUACAGGUGACAACUUCUUGACCGCCAAGGCCAUUGCAACAGAAUGUGGUAUCUACACAGCUGGUGGCAUUGCCAUGGAUGGACCAACAUUCAGAGACUUGACACCUGAGCAGCUUGAUGCUGUUAUUCCAAGACUGCAAGUCCUGGCUCGUUCAAGCCCUGAGGAUAAGCUGCUUCUUGUAACACACCUGAAGCGCAUGAAUGAGACGGUAGCUGUUACCGGUGAUGGUACGAAUGACGGUCUGGCAUUGAAGGCGGCGGACGUCGGGUUUGCUAUGGGUAUCCAGGGUACCGAAGUUGCCAAGGAGGCUGCAUCCAUCAUUCUUCUCGACGACAACUUUGCUUCUAUUGUCAAGGCUUUGGCUUGGGGUCGAACUGUGAAUGACUCCGUCAAGAAGUUUUGCCAGUUCCAAUUCACUAUCAACAUCACCGCAGGUAUCAUCACCGUCGUUUCCGAGCUUGUUGGCGACGCUGUUUUCACCGUCGUUCAAUUGCUUUGGAUCAACUUGAUCAUGGAUAUCUUUGCCUCUCUUGGUUAUGCUACCGAUCACCCCUCGCCCGACUUCCUCAAGCGAAAGCCCGAACCCCGCAAUGCUUCUAUUAUUUCCAUCACUAUGUGGAAGAUGAUCAUUUGCCAAGCCAUCUACCAGUUGAUAGUCGUGUUUGUUGUUCACUACGCUGGAUGGGAUCUCUUCAACCCCGACACUGAAUUCGAGAUUGAGAAGCUCCAGACAUUGGUGCUCAACAUCUACGUCUGGAUGCAGUUCUUUAAUCAACACAACUGUCGUCGCGUGGAUAACAAGCUGGAUAUUUGGUAUCAAGGAUUUCUGCGUAACCCUUGGUUCAUCGGUGUGCAGCUUAUCACUAUCGCUGGCCAGUUCGUCAUCGUCUUCAAGGGAGGUGAAGCAUUUGACACAACACCCCUUACAGGUGCCCAAUGGGGAUGGAGCUUGCUCUUCGGCGUCAUGUCAAUUCCACUGGGAGCUUUGAUCCGACAGAUUCCUGAUAGCCUGGUCCAAAGCCUUUUCAACUUGAUCUCAGACUGUUGGCUUGCAAUUUGGCGACCGACUCAUGCGCUCCUGUCAAAGGCCUUGAGCUGCUUCAAGCGGAAGAAGGCCGAUGACAAGGAAGCCCAACAACCAGAGCAAGAAAUGGGUCCUGUUGAGAACAUCCUUCACAUGAUGCACUUGACCCAUGAGCCCGAUGAGGACGAGACGCCCAUGACGCAAGAACAGCGUGAAGCAAUGGAGCGAUCAGACCAAACACGAAUGCUGAAAGAGAAGGAAAAGAAGAAGCGAGAUAUCGACUUGCACGGCCUCGUGGAAGCCGCCAAGCUAGGAAGAGAGCACAAGGGUGCCAUUUUGGAGAUUCACCCCAAGACACUCAAAGACGACCCAAUUCUAAGGACCAGUAGUGGUAAAAACAGUACGCUGCCACCAAGUCAAGACGCCGAAUUUAUGAAAUUCGUCGCCAUAAACACACGACGGCCUCGACAGCCCAGACGAACAAAUCCUCGAGAUCCGGCACGACCGGCUCAACGACGACAGCAAGAGCAGAAGAGUUCUUGGAGACAUCAUGUUUCCUGGGAGGGACUACUAAGAUCCAAGAGACGAUAAUGAGCACGUUUGUGCGUUCAUACAAAUGAUAUUUUUAAGAGGAGGGUAUAUAGUAGACAGGUGUGAAGGAAAGACCUGUGUGCUUGUAAAUGACAGAUUACGACGUUACGACAGAUAAAGGGAUUCAAGAUACCAAUAUACAGGUCGCUUUACUAGGCCAUAAUAACAACGCUUCCAUCCCAAAUUUUGCAAUAUCCAAUCCAAAGCCUUAAUAGUGCUCCAAUCCUUCCUUUCAUGCGUGUGUGUCCAUCUCGUUAAAUCAUAAAACUUUUAUCGUGUGCUCAUCCUGUUUUGAUGAUGGCUUCCUCAAUCGCACUUCCAAUCUCGGACCUCGGUAUUCCCGGUCCCCGCAUCAAACAGAGAGAUCUUGUAGCGAGCGACUUUAUAAGAGCAGGUAUACUCACCCGCACCGUAACAGGACCAGAUUUUGGCUCUGUGGGAAAUGAGAAACAAUUGACGAAGCUCCAGCUCUCGGGUUGUUUCGGUACAGCGUGCCCAACAUUCGGCAUCGGCGAGUUGUUCAGAUUGAGUUCCAUAGUUUCAGCAUCGACAACCCUGGCACCGAGUGCGAGGAGCUGCUUCUCAACUCCAACAAUGCUGAAGAAUCGUGUGAAAUGGUCGAUGCGCGUUCCAGCCGGUCGCGUAGGCCACGGCCAUUCUAUAUCCUCCACCGUAGAAGGGUUGAGCUCCGCGCGAGAAUAAACAUACUGUCCAUAACGUCCGUACGGUAGAUCGAUAACGCGAUACAUCUCAUGUCGACCCGGACCAAUAAGCCAGCGAAGCCGUGUGAGCAUCUCGUCUUUUGCACGGCCUUUGAGGGUGUUGCAGAAGAGGCGCGAUUCACAGGCUGACAUGGCGUAGGGCGGCGGUGAGUUUACGAGGAGGUGGCAUGCUAUCGUUAGUAUAUCGCAGGCGAGGCGGAAUGAGAAUGCUGAGUGUUGUGUGGAUGAGGGGACGGCGAGAUCGCCGGGUGAUGCAGGGGUUGUGCCGAGCCAGCCGUUGCCGAAGAUCUGAGGCGAGAGUGAGAAUGUUGGUAAGUUGAAGGAUUUGGCCAUUGCUGGUUGCUGAGAGUUGAAGUAUGGCGGCGUUGAUAGUGAAGCUGGUGUUGAAGUCGAUAAAGAUGGCGGAGUUGGCGUAGAAACUGAAGCCAUGGCCGUUGACGUAGGCGGUGUCAGCGUCUGGACCUGGGUCUUUCUCACAGCAACAGCCAUCGAACCCAAAGAAUCCUCCGUCGUUUCACUCUGCUCACUCUCCGGCGAUCCAGAACCUCCACGCUUCCUAUCCUCCCCCUCCCUCGGCAACAGCACAAGAUCCUCCUCCGGCCCAACAACCUCAUGCGCCAGCUCCAGAAUCCUCUCCAUACUUCUCCUCAAACUACCAACAAGACUCGGCUGGGCUCUGACUACAGCUUCAGUGGUGAGCAUCUCGUCAACGAAGGACAUGAAGACGGAGCUCAUCUCUUCGACUACCUGCUCGAGACGACGCACGCGCUGGGCCUGUGCUGCUUCGGCGGCUUGGCGACGGCGGCGGAAGAUGUUUUGGGCUUCGCGGUUACGUUCGCGACGGGCCUGAGGGAUGUAAGUGGAGGUUCAAUGGGGAGAGGGAGAGGGGAUGGACCUUGAGUGCUGCAUCGUCAUUAUCUUGGGUGUUUGAAGAUAAUCGACCUCUGCGCUUGGGAGGUGAUUGCGCAGUCAUUGUAUAAGUGGAUGAGUAUUGAUAUGAGGAUGAGUGAGAGACAGAGAAGAGGCGAGUGAAACAACGUCAGCCCUGCGGCUUUACGAGAGACUGUCUAGUGGAUCGAACCUAGCUUGCGACGCGAGUAGAUUGACUGUAAAUAAAGAAUAUGGUAAAUGGGCUGACACGUGGAUGAAGAGUAUUUUGUGUUUCAAGGUGGCGAUGAG